AAAAUUUCCGAUCCAAAGAAAAAAAAAUUGUUUUAAUUGACAAAUUACAGCCCGAUAUACAGUCAAUCAAAGUCGCCGGGUUAGGCUAACCCAUGUCCGUACGAAACGUAACUUUUUUAAAGUCUGUACCCUGAGGGUAAAAACUGAAUAAUAUUUGAAUAUCGAAUGGAGUUUGCUCUUUAGCACUGACGUAGUCAACUGACUUAUUGUAUAAAUUUUAAUAUUUACACUAAUAGAACAUAUAACUUACUCUUACACUAUGUAAAAAUCAUCAUUUAUUUUUUUAUUUAAUUUUCCGAUAAUUUUAUAACCAAUUAUUAAUGAUAAUUUUUCGGUUGCUACAUUGAUUAGAGCAGCCGGGUAAGAGCCUCCUUAAGCGACAGGCCGACGAAGACAUAUCUGGCCAUUCUGGUCAGGACAAACUACCCCGCGUAGAAACCGACACUCAGCCACAAGGUAAUAGGCUCGUCCCUGGGUACUGCGAAUUACAAUAAAAGGAUCCUAAAAAAAAAAACGUGCAGAAAAGAAGAACUGAGAAUUUUCUCCGGCGCCCCGCAUCUCCAAUUGCUAAUAAGCUCCAGUAUUUGCUUGCUAAAGAAGGGUACGGGUACCAGUACAACAGUAAGAACUUAACAGUCCUUCACUUAGCAGCAAUAAAGGGCUAACGUGAAAGAAAAUUGAGCAGAAAUUUCCGAAAAUGGGAACGAAGCUACCGGUUUUCUUUGAAUACUUGGUGAAAAGAGCAAAAGUCGCGAAUAAGAACAUUAAGAACUCAUACGACCUCAUGUGUGGCGUACGUUUUAAGUAUGACGAUGAAUCCAGUGAUUAUUUCUUACCGAAUAAGUAUAGAUUUAUGUAUCCCGAUAAAAACAUAAUUAUUAAGUAUGACGAUGAAGGCAAUAUUGUUGAGGUAGACGAUAACUUAAUUGUUAAGUAUGCUGAUGAUGACUGUAUUAUUGCUAAGUAUGGCGAUAAAGACUUAAAUUUUUGGUAUCACGAUAACUGCUUUAUUAUGAAGCAUGACGAUGAAGGCCUGUCUGUGACGGUUGACGAUAAAGGCAUUAUGUAUAUUCAUUCUGACAAUGGGGACGAGAUCACAAUUAACGAGAUUGAGAUUGACGAUGGAGAGAUUAGUGAGACGAAAGUGGUCCUAGACAUCGCGUGUAACCCAAAACUUAAUCAUCUGCUAAAACAUCGGUUGGUCUCGUUUUUUCUCGAUCGCAAAUGGUGCAAGAUAAAACAUAUAUUGUACACGUAUAUUGCCUUUUAUAUGAUUUUUCACAUUCUCCUGUGUGUCUAUAUCAGGACUUACAAGAGUACUCUUUCAAUCCCGUGCUAUCUCCUAUGGUUUUUUGUUACCCUAUUGUGGUUGCUUAUCACCAUUCUGGAGAUUCUGCUAUUCGCUUGCUGUUCUUGCCGUUACUUAUUAAUGAAUUGGAAAAACUGGCUACGGGUUGUUCUGAUUAUAUUUACCCCCUUUUUAUUAUUUGACGCGGGAGCAUGGAGUUACGUCGUGGUAGACUUAUUGUCUGCCUUAGUACUGACAACUCUGAUCAGCCAUCAUCCGAAAAUAUCUAUCAACAUUGAAAUGUUUUGGAUAAUUUGUCGUAAAUGCGUGUGCUUACUUUUAUCGUAUUCGUUUCUUAUCGCCGCGUUUGGCUUAACUUUCUACAUACUCUUUGGGAACAAUAAACAUUUUUUUAAUCUCGGGGACACGUUCUUCAAAACACUCAUCAUGGUAUUUAUAAGCGAAUUCAACACCAACGAUAUCCCGGUCGACUCACAUCCCGUUUUGAGCCCCAUUGUGUUAGUGCUGUUUGCUUUCUUCAUUUUUGUAUUGGGCAAAGUCAGUAACACCGAAGAAAUUCGGUCUGAAGCUGAACUGAACGGACUCAAAUCUCGAUUACGCCUGAUCGUCUAUCUCGAAAACAUAGCAUACGGCGAACCGUUCACUUGGCUCAAUUGGUUCAGCCGCGGAAAUUUGUGUUUGUUACGAUGGAAACCCUUCAGCUUUCUCAUUAACAGAAUAGUUGAGGUUACGUAUUAUUCGCAAUUUUUUUCUAACAACUUUAUGAACAUCAAAUUGUGCGUGUGUUAUAAAAUGGAUUCUAAUACACCUAAAAAUACUGAAGAAGUACGUAUGAUUUUUUGUAGACACGAGGUGUGUAAUAACAUUCAAAACCUGAAAGUUUUCCCGCGUGAAUAUGAAUGUAUUUACAUGGAAGAUGUUAAGACAGGUCAUCGCAUAUCAAAUACGCGUCAAGCGUAUGCGUAUUCCGAUCUAGUGCGAUGUGUGUCGAACGCGGCACUUCGGGGGUGCAUUCGGGGAGCACGCUAUUAGCACAAUUAUCGUCCAAAACUGUUCGAGGAGACGCUUUG